UCCAGCCCCGCUCCUUCCCCGCUCCAGCUCCGCUCCUGUCCCGCUCCAGCUUCGCUUCGUCCCCGUUCCAGUCCCGUUCCUUCCCGUUCCGUCCCCCCUCCGCCGGCGAGGUGCCGGUGCCCAUGGGGGCCGGGUUCGGCGCGGGGCUGGGGCUGGCCCUGGCCUCCAGCGCCUUCAUCGGCGGCAGCUUCGUCCUGAAGAAGAAGGGGCUGCUCCGGCUGUGCGGCCGCGCCAGGGCAGGGCAAGGAGGGCACGCGUACCUGCGAGAGUGGCUUUGGUGGGCAGGGCUGCUGUGCAUGGGAGUUGGAGAAGCUGCAAAUUUUGCUGCCUAUGCCUUUGCCCCUGCAACACUGGUAACUCCACUGGGUGCUCUGAGUGUCCUUGUCAGUGCAGUUCUGUCUUCCAUCUUCCUGAAUGAGCAGCUGAAUGUUCAUGGGAAGAUUGGCUGUAUCCUGAGUAUCCUGGGCUCCACUGUGAUGGUGAUACAUGCUCCACAGGAAGAAGAGGUUUCCAGCCUGGAGUCAAUGGCAGAGAAACUGAAAGAUCCAGGAUUCAUUGUAUUUGCUCUGUGUGUCCUGGUGAGCUCCCUUCUGCUCAUCUUUGUGGCUGGGCCCCGUUAUGGACAGAGCAAUGUCCUGGUUUAUGUUCUGGUCUGCUCUGCCAUUGGCUCACUGUCCGUAUCCUGCGUCAAAGGCCUGGGGAUCGCCCUGAAGGAAUUGUUCUCUGGGAAGCCAGUCCUGAAGGAACCCCUGGGCUGGGUGCUCCUGGUGUGCCUGGUGAUCUGCAUCAGCAUCCAGAUCAACUAUCUGAACAAAGCCCUGGACAUUUUCAACACCUCAGUGGUCACACCCAUAUAUUAUGUGCUGUUCACCACAGCAGUCAUGAUGUGCUCAGCCAUCCUCUUCAAGGAGUGGCAGCACAUGGUACUGGACAACAUCAUCGGCUCCAUCAGCGGCUUCCUCACCAUUGUGUCCGGCAUCUUCCUCCUGCACGCCUUCAGGGACAUGCCCUUCACCCCCAACCUCCUGCCCCUGUUCCUGCAGCCAGGCAGGGCAGACCCACACCCAUCCUGGAGCAGUGCAGACAGACAUCAGUCCUGUCAGCACCAGCCUCUGCUGCCCUCGCAGGACAAGGGCUCUCAGAGUGCAGAGGAGGAGGAGGAGAAGUGAAAGCAGGUGAGGAAGCAUCUGAACUGCUCCCACU